AUGUUUACGAUGAUGAUCUUCAUCAUAAACACAAUCUUAGUAACAUCAUCACCAUCAAUUCUCCGACCUGGGUUUUACUCAAAAACAUGUCCAAAAGCUGAAACCAUUGUCAGAGAUGUCAUGAAAAAAGCACUUCUUAAAGAACCCAGAAGUCUUGCCUCUGUUAUGCGCUUUCAGUUUCAUGAUUGCUUUGUUAAUGGGUGUGAUGCUUCUAUGUUGCUUGAUGAUACACCAACGAUGCUUGGAGAGAAAUUGGCCCUUUCAAAUAUAAAUUCUCUAAGAUCAUUUGAGGUUGUUGAUAAGGUUAAAGAGGCUCUUGAGAAGGCUUGUCCUGGAGUUGUUUCUUGUGCUGAUAUCAUAAUCAUGGCUUCUAGAGAUGCUGUAGCACUGACAGGAGGACCUGAUUGGGAAGUGAAGUUAGGAAGAUUGGACAGUUUAACAGCAAGUCAAGAAGACUCAAACAAUAUCAUGCCAAGUCCAAGAGCCAAUGCCACUGCUCUCAUUACCCUCUUCAAAAAAUACAAUCUCUCUGUCAAAGACCUUGUAGCACUUUCAGGAUCUCACUCUAUCGGCCAAGGUCGUUGUUUUUCGAUCAUGUUUAGGCUGUACAAUCAAUCGGGAAGUGGUAAACCCGAUCCGGCCAUUGAUCCACACUUCAGAGCCGAGCUUGACAAGCUAUGUCCGCUUGAUGUUGAUCAAAACAAGACAGGAAACCUUGAUGCAACUCCUGUGAUUUUCGAUAACCAAUAUUUCAAGGACUUGGUUGGUGGAAGAGGGUUUCUCAACUCUGAUCAAACACUUUACACUUUCCCUCAGACAAGAGGCUUUGUGAAGCUCUAUAGCGAAGAUCAAAAGAAGUUUUUCGAAGCAUUUGCUGAAGGGAUGGUGAAAAUGGGUGACUUGCAGUCGGGUCGACCUGGCGAGGUCAGGAAGAAUUGCAGAGUGGUCAAUCCUCGUCCUGCUCAUUUCCUGAUUGAAAACAACUUGCAGGAUAGUGAUCUACCAAUGUAA